AUGUCGGGCAUUGACCAAGUACAUAUACUGCCAGAAAUCGUCGAGGAGUCUGAAAUAUCUGCCAUAUCCACAAAAGAUAAUCCAUCGGAAACCUUCAAGACAACAGAUAUCGCCAUGUCGAAAGUAAAUAAGCUCGAGGAGCUAAACGAUACCGCUAUACCAGCCGGUGAGCAGAUGCUAAUAUCAGAAUCCGUGAUCGAAUCAGAAACCACCACCGAUAUUGACAUCCCGUCCAGAGGAACCAAACGUCCCGCUGAAGAGAGUGUUAAUGUAAGGCAAAAACUAGGAAAAGAGGACAACAAGGAGGAGGCAGAGGAGGUGAUGGAGGUGAUGGGGGAGGAGGACGUCGCUGCCACGGAUGGAGGAGAGCUCUCGAGGUGUGAAAGUAGAGCCCAAACCAAGGAUAACGGCCUACUGGACCUGAGUAUGAACCAGGAGCUAGAUGCGAUGGAUGUGACUGACCCGCUCCCAACUACGGAUAGCUCGAAUAUCGAUGCUCAUAUUCUCACCGACAGCGGCAACAUCAACUCAGACCAUGUAUCCCCAGUCUCAUCUGGUAUAUCCAAUAUCUCUCCGCUUGAUUCACCGCUCUCUUCGCCUGGUAGUCCGCCAUCAUCGGCUAUCCGGGAGGCUAUUGAGAGUGUGUGGAGCUCAAGACCGCCAUAUGCGGAUAACUCUGCAUAUAUGACUACUCGACCAUUCAAGUCCCGUAGGGCUUCUGAGCUUAGUGUUUACGAGGCUGCCAGACGCAAAAGAAUCACAAAAAAUGAGCGGAGUGUCGCCAUGAGGAAACUCGAGAUGAUGCUGUUUUUGGAGCAAGCCGACUGUCAUAUGAGAAUGCUGGCUGCGAGAAAGGCCAGUAAAAACAGGAAGGUCGUAGAGCGCGGUGAGAAAGAGCCCGGAGGGGCUAGCUUAGUGAAGCAAGAAGAUGAUGAGGAGGAGGAGGAUAAAAUGGAUUAUACACUGGACGAGCUCUUUAACCCAGAUAAAGCAGAGCUGGGAGAGGCUUUGAGGAGGGUAAGUCCUGGCGCUGGAUUCUAA